GUAGCUGACUAGCCUCAAGCGCACCGUCUGCCAUUGCGACUCAAGCCAGCAAACAUGGCAGAAGUAACGAAGGACGCGACACCGAGCAAUCCUAGGGGCAUCCCGACAGCCCCAUUCGUGGACAAAGUUGAAGAUUAUGUAUCCACGCGCGCUGAUGUCGAGCCUACAUUGCGAAACUUCCAGGAGAUGAUCUCCAAAUAUCAAUUCAUGGAGCUCAAUCUUCAGAAGCGCAUGGGUGGCUUGAACGACAAAAUACCUGAUAUACAGAAGACACUGGACUCUGUGCGAUUUCUGAAGCUGAAGAAGAAUGACUCCGAGCCGGUCGAAACAACUUUCGAGCUGAACGACACUCUUUAUGCGAAAGCAAAGAUCCCUGCCACCGAAGAAGUUUAUAUAUGGCUAGGCGCCAAUGUCAUGCUUGCGUAUCAAAUUGACGAAGCUGAGGCGUUACUGGAAUCAAAGCUCUCAACAGCAAAGUUGAGUUUAUCGAAUUGCGAAGAGGAUCUUGACUUUCUCCGAGAACAGAUUACCACUAUGGAAGUUGCCAUCGCGCGGGUAUACAAUUGGGAAGUCGUGCAGAAGAGGAAAGACAAGGGAAACGAUGAAAAUGAGUCAGGAAAGGAAACGAAACAGGAAAAUGAGGAGCCUGACGGCUAAGAUGCUCGAAAUUUGGCCGCAGAAUCUUGAGCCAUUCUUGCGUCUGUGGCUUCAUCCCUCUCGAACGAUUAUAAUCGCUUCGUCCCGACAGUUGGGAAAGUCGCGCAUCCAUCUGCGCCUCCCGA